CUGUGUCCCUCGGACACAGCGGAUCACGGAAAGAGCCAAAGAUGUUGGCUCAGUCAUGUGAUCAGCUGUGUCCAAUCACAGCUGAUCACUGAUGAUCAGUGUGCCCUGAUGAUCAGUGUGACCCCAGAAGUGCCACCUGUCAGUGUCCAUCAGUGCCAGCAGUCAGUGCUCAUCAGUGCCUCAUGCCAGUGCCCAUCAGUGCCACAUAUCAGUGCCUAUGAAUGCUACAUAUCAGUGCCCAUCUGAGCUGCCUUUCAGUGUCACCCAUCAGUGCCAGUCAGUGCCACCUAUCAAUGCCAAUCAGUGUUACCUAUCAGUGCUGCCAAUCAGUGCCACCUAUCAGUGCCAGUCAGUGCCGCCUAUCAGUGCCAGUCAGUGCUGCCAGUCAGUGCCGCCUAACAGUGCCAGUCAGUGCCGCCUAAAA